AGCCAGACGAGUGAACCGUUAGCAGCAGCAGCAGUAGCAGAAGCUAGAAGAAGAGCCUAGCUGCCCAGUGCAACAAAGUGAUAAAUAAAAACCAAACCAAGAAAACAGAAACACUCGACUUACAAAGUGAUCAUACAGUGAGUGUGCAGUGUUUGAUCUUGAGCCGAAAAAACUAUUUGGAUUAUUUGGAUACCAACGAAGGCGAUCGCAGCGAGAAUGCACAUCCCGUCAGCCGUUCUUCUAGUCCUGGCUGUAGCCACUGGCUUGUGGGCCAACUGCGUAGAGGGAGCAGCCACUGGAGCACCUUCGGCCACGGCCACAACAGCCAAGCCCAAGGGUUUCGAGGCACGAUCGCUGGACGUUAGUUCCAGCGGAGGCGAGGAGGAGCUGGAUGAUUUCGAGACACAGGCUCAGACUCAUCUGGCCUAUCGCCAGCAGCCCCAACAGCAACGCCAACUCUAUGAGUACAGCGAGGAGGAUCAGGAGGAGGCACCACGCCAGGUAUACGCCAAUCGAAAUGCCAAGCAGCAGAGCAAUUUCCUUAAGAUCCAGGGACAGCUGAAGAAGCCCCUUAGCGAAGAGAGCGAAGAGGAGGAGGAGGAAGUGGAGGAGCCAGAUCGUCUGUCCACCCUACUGAGCAAGUCAUCCUUCAGCUGCACAGACAGGAACUCUGGCUACUAUGCCGACGAAUCGCUGAGUUGCGAAGUCUUCCACUACUGUCAGGAGAGCCAGAAGCACUCGUGGAUCUGUCCCGAGGGAUUCACCUUCCACCAGAUCCAUCUGAUCUGCAUGCCACCCUCGCACGACAACAUCUGCAAGCAGUCCUCCAAGUAUCAUAUAGUGAAUGACUACCUCUACAAGCCGAUCAAUCUCCAGGAGCACCAGAGCAAGCCCAAUGUCACGCUGCGCUACUCGGAACGCUACUUCCCAGAGAACUAUUACGAACACGAGCGUUACGAUGACGAGGAAGAGGAGCUGCCUGCUGCGCCAAGGCCACGCAUCCAGCAGCAACAUCACCAGCAGCAACACCACCAGCAGCAACAACCGCAACCCCAGCAGCAACAUCGCCAAGUGGUGGCUUACCAGCAACCACAGCAACAGCCCCAAGUCAGGGUACAGUACCAACAGCCUCAGCAGCACCAGCAACAGGCUCAGCCACAGCCACAAGUGGUGACGCAGAUCCGCCACCAGCCCCAACCUCAGCCGACUACCCUGGCCUACCGGAAGCCAUUGCCCGCGACCACAGUCCAGCCGCAGUUGCAGUUGCAUCAGUUGCACCAGCCCCAGUUGCAACUGCACCAGCAAAGGCCACAGACGCUGGCGCCAACCGUGACGCCGGCGCCGUACCGUUUCUACACUGCCGCUCCCCAGCUGCAGCAUUUGCAGCAGCAGCAACAGCAAGUCUUCCGCACGCCCGAGGAGAUCAACAUAUCGCUGCAACAACGCCGGCCACAGGUGUUCAUUGCCACAACGCCGAGGUAUUAUGAGGAUGAGUACCUCUACGAACGGAGGAAGUGAGGAGGAUUGCGGAGGAGUGAGCAGAAAACAGUCUUGUCGUUCCCUCGAAUCCACCACCUCUCGUGUAUAUUCCCCAAUCUAAGUAGCUUUAAGCUCUCGCCCCAGCUCUCUGUCAAGCCCGAAAAUCCUUGCGCGAGUUUUGUGUACCUAUUUGUAAUAUUUAAUGUCCUGCUAGAAGAAUCCGCCUUCUAACUCAAUUCGUUAAUAAAGGAAGCCACAUUAAGUUA